AUGGGCACCAAGAGAGUUACAAGAUCUGGAAAAGAGCAAUGUGUCUCCAACAAACCUUAUUUCAACUUUAUCGAGGAAACAUUGGUGAGUGCUAGUGGAGUUAAGACCAAGGUGUGUGCGCUCCCUCCUGGUGCCUUGAACGAAGAAUUCAAGGAAGGAUCUCAUCACUAUCAUGGAGUCGUCCUUGAGAGAUUCGGUUGUGGGGUUAACCCGCAUGCGCAUGUUCACUCCAACUCUAGCGCACCAAAUAUCCAGAAUAGAAAGAAAGGUUUCACCAGAGGUUGCAAGGUCAACUACCUUAGGAAGAGGAGCAAGAGAUUGGCACACAAGCUUAUCAAAUAUGGAAAGAAGCUUGCUCCUGUCCCCUAUUUCAACUUCAUUGAGGAAACGUUGGUGAGUGCUAGUGGAGUUAAGACCAAGGUGUGUAUGCUCUCUCCUGGUGAGAUGUACUCUGCUUUAGACGAAGAAUUCAAGGAAGGAUCUCAUCACUAUCAUGGAGUCGUCCUUGAGAGAUUCUGUAUUGGGACUAGGCAUUCCAACCCUGAAAUCCGUGGCGAUGCUGCUGUUCCUUUUUAUAUUUUGUCUUAGUCACCUUUGGGUUAUAACAACUCUUGUGUUCUGCUGUUUUACUCUUAAGAUUGUAAGGCUUUUGAUGUGUUAAAAGACUGUCUUUUAUUUAGUUUAGACUUUGGACUCGUACCUUGUGAUUUUUUUUUGGUCAGACUCUUACCUUAUGAUAUAUGUUAUCGGUGUUCA